AUUCCCACAAGUUGUUCUGGGGUAGCAUAUCGCAGCAUCCAUGUGGACAAUCUGCACAAUUAGAUCCUGCUACGCUAGGCUGAGAUGGAUAAUUUAAUCUCUGUGGGCCACCCUUUUUUGCCCCUUUUAACUGCUGUUGCAGUAGGUUUAAUACAACUAUUUUCCCCCAUAAAACAGUAAAGACUAUGAAAGUAUUUACAUAUAUCUGCUAUCUUAAAGGAAAGCAUAUUUUGCAGUGACAAAGACUGUGUUUUAAAAUACUGCCUUUCAAUGCCUCAGUAUAACGCAGCAAAAAUUGUCAUGCUGAUAUAUCCACAUGUCCACACGAGCUUAACUUGAGCACCAUGAGUCAUGUCAAGUAAAGCAAAACCAUAAGGGCUUGCUGGGAUCUGUUGUCUAUCAUUUUUAAUCUCUACUGGAGAAUAUUUAAGAAUUUAGCAAGAGAGCAAAAAUAUUUCCCAUGACACUGCAACACUUUUUUAAAUACCUGUUCAGAGGUGUCGGGGUGGGGGGAGAGUUCGUCUGUGAUUCACAUUUAAUUGUGCUUUUAUUAUGGGUUUGUAACAGUUGUAUCUUAUGUUUCAAAAUGUAUAACACGAUGCAGAGGCUGAACUACAAUGAAAAAAGCUGCGUUCUACAAAACUGAUUCUAGUUUUUAUUUCCAGAAGAAGAAUGUCACAAAAGCUGCAGAAAGAAGCCUUCAUCAGUAACUUAAAUGGAACUACUCUGCAAGAAAUUUCAGUAGGAUUAACUCUAGCGCCAUUGUGUGUGGCUUGCAGAGGACUGCUGUUGGUUUUCUAUCACCAGCACUAUGGAAGACCAUUAAGCUCAAGGAAAUAUCUACUACUGCUAGACCUGACUGUGCUAGUAGCUCCUCUUGUGCUUUCUUGUACAGUUCUUUCUCCUGUCCUCCCUUUUGUCCCGUCUACCAUUUUUCUUAUCUGUGCAGGAUUGUUUUCUAAAAUAUACCGUGGGAGAAAUCGGUAUGUUGGCGCACCCUGUAGACACAUCAUCAGCGAGUUUCUGAAGACGAGCCUAGAGCCAGAAUACGUGCCCUCCAUAACUGUGUUUCGUGUGUACGUCAAUCUGUUAACUGCCAUCAGUAUUUUGGCAGUGGAUUUCCCACAGUACCCCAGGCGGUACGCUAAAACUGAGACCUAUGGCACGGGAGUGAUGGAUUUUGGUGUGGGAGCUUUUAUUUUUGGGAACGCUCUGGUUUGUCCUGAAGUGAGGCAAAAAUCCGGUGCAGCGCAAGCCAAAUUCUCCUAUUUGGCCAGGCAGUCCUUAGCUGUGUGGCCAUUAGUUUUUCUGGGCCUGGGACGACUGGUCAGUGUUAAAGCUGUCGAUUAUCAUGAGCAUUUAUCAGAGUACGGGGUGCACUGGAAUUUUUUUUUCACUUUAGCAUUUGUGAGGAUUGCAGCAUCAUUGCUUUUAUCGUUAGUGCCAGCACAGAAAUCAUGGAUUGUUGCUGUGGUUCUUGCUGUAUUUUACCAGUUUAUUCUUGAUGUUACGCCUCUGAAGGUGUUUGUUUUUUAUGGAAGCGAUGGCAGAGAUUCAAGAGUUGGAUUUUUAAAUGCCAACAGAGAGGGGGUGUUUUCUCUCUUUGGAUACCUAGCCAUCUAUAUGGCCAGUGUGCAAGUGGGGUUAUAUGUAUUGAAGAAGAGAACCGUUGUCAAAGACUGGAUUGAAGUAAUAUGCUUGUUUUUGCUGACAGUUAUUCUUCUCUUUAUAUUUCUUCACUUGACUCAAAUGUAUAUAGAUCCGGUAUCCCGUAGGCUGGCUAAUCUGGCUUUCUGCAUUUGGGUGGUUGCCCAUGGCCUGACAUUUUUCAUUUUAUUUUUAGUGACUGAUCUUAUUUUAGUGCUUACAAAACUUCUGGUAAAUGGGUCUGGAGUGCCUUGUUGUUGGAAUCUUUCACAACCACCUAGUACAAAUAAAAAGCAUGAUUCAGAGCCCGUGUCUAUCAAAAGAGAAGAAAAACUGCUAAGUGUUUGCUUAAUUAAUGCUAUUAAUAAAAACCAACUAGUCUUUUUCUUGUUAGCAAAUGUUAUGACUGGCAUAGUGAAUAUGAUGAUAGAUACAAUCCACAGCAAUACUGUGGUUACAUUAUUUGUGUUACACUUGUACAUGUUUACUAACUGUUUAAGUAUGUAUAUAUUGCAUGCAAAAAAUCUAAUACUAAAAUGGUGGUGACCAUCAAAACUUCUUCUGGUCUAAUAUUGUUGAUCUUAAGCAUGCGGGGUGAAAAUGUAUAUGUGUCUUUUUAAAAAUAUUUUGUUGACUGUGCUUGAGUAAUUGUGGGUUUCUAUUUUUUUGGCUUUUUGUUUUUAAUGGAAAAACUAAAAUGCCUUUGUCUUGCA